AUGAAUGGGAUCGGAGGCGACCUUGUCGAUGGUUCGGGAACUAUUAAUCCCGCUGCUUUGAAUACCAACAGCGGUCCAUCCGACCAUCUGCCAGCAGGUGCGGACGAACAUGGCCGUCGAAAGCGUGGGCGCCCUCCAAAGACCCCACGCCCCUCUACCACGGCUAUUGGCGAUCAAGCGACUAAUAUUCAUAUGCAAACCCCACGAAUGCAAGCACAGCCCCUCCCUCACCAGGCGGGUGUCAACGUGUCGCCUCCCCAAGCAUCGCCUCCGGACAAGACCACCCCGACCAAGUCCACCCUGGUCAAGGCACUCCCGACCGUCCGCGAUCACACGACUGAUCAACUGAACGAGGAGGGCGACGAGUACAUCCCGAAGGAAUUCGAUGAAGCUGGUGAGAAGAAGGUCAAUGCCAUGGGUUAUCUUACAGGCAACCGGGAGUACAAAUGUCGCACGUUCCGUGUGCCUCACCGCGGAACGAAGCUUUUCAUGCUAGCAACCGAAUGUGCACGUGUACUUGGGUACCGCGACUCAUAUCUGUUGUUCAACAAAAAUCGAUCUCUGCACAAGAUUAUCGCCACGCAGAUCGAAAAAGAUGAUUUGAUUCAGCAAGACAUCCUUCCAUAUUCCUACCGGUCACGUCAAAUUGCCAUUGUGACCGCAAGAUCGAUGUUCCGUCAGUUUGGCAGUCGAGUAAUUGUGAACGGACGGCGAGUGCGUGAUGAUUAUUGGGAGGGCAAGGCCCGGAAACAGGGCUUCACCGAAGACGACCUGGCGGGCGAGAAACGCCCCGGAGGGGCCAAAGCUCGCGAUGCAGCCGCUGCGGAAGCGGCGAGUGCUGCCAGCCUCCUGCCAGCCCUGGCCCAUGGCGAUGUCAUCUAUAGCAAUGCACUUGAGGCUAUGCCCAACAGCUUACCUAUGGGUCCACCAUCGUCCGUUUCUCUUGCGCCGCUGCCGAUGAUCCAUAUGGCCACCACAACGGACGAUCCGCGACUGAGAGAGUACAACAGCAUGCCUAGGACCCGCCAAGAGUUGACUGGUCAGCCGUACCAAGACCGGACACAACCCAGUUCGGCGGCUGAGAUUCUGAAUCAGGCCUCUCACACCGCCGACUUUAAUAAAAUCCUGAGUUCCCAGCGCAGCUAUCGCCAGAAAGGCUUGGAGGAUUUCUAUUCCAAGCAGCGCGAGAUUCCAGCGUCCGCGGCUCAGUCGCAGCCUGGGCAGCUCGAUUCGACUCCGUCGGCAUCUCAACCCUUGCAGUCUCCUCAAAUCGCGUCGGCUCCGAUGAUGAACACGACCCAGCCGCAGCAGGCCAUGCUCCCCCAUCAAACUCCGAUGAUACCCGGUCAGCCCGGCUUGCAGCAAGCGGUGGCCCACCCGCAACCCCCUGUUGGGCAGUCGCCCGCCCGGACAGGGCCUGCGGUUCGUCCUGACCUGAUGCAUCAGCGAUCGAAUCCUUCUCUAUCUGCAGGCACUCCACAGCCUUCAGGCCCGUACGGUUACCCGUCACAACCGCAGCAGAUGUGGGGUCAACCCCCGCCCCAACCGCAACCGUCGCCCUUGUCCGCCGCGGGUCCGCAGGCUGUGGGAAUACCACAGUAUGCCUCCCAACUACAUGCACAGCAACAACACUCGCCUUCACCUCUCGCACAACAUCCGUCGCAGUCUCCGCGGAACCAACCCCGUCCGCCUGCGCCACAAAUGCCGCAGUCUUUCCCAUUACAUCAUCCGCAGGCACCUCAACAACAGCCGAUGGCAUCCAUGGGCUUUCCAGGCGGCACUGCGGCCCCAUAUGCUGCGAUGACAGCUGCAAGAGGCAUGUACCCUUCGACACAGGGGCCUGGUGGUCAGCAGUUUAUGGCAGGAGCACCACAGCAGCCAGGCCUUGCCAUGGGCAUGAGCGCGGGAGGUGCCAUGCCCGGCUGGGCCCCAACACCUGGCGGACCGAUGCAACCGGGACAUCCACAGCCAGGUCAAUCCGGAGCUCCACUUGGAUGGUCCGGUUACUAA